AUGUCAGUGUGGAAAGCUCAUACAAGUAUAAAACAAAAUAAAAAUAUGAUAGCUUUAAUUGGCAGUAGUGAUGAUAAUAACAAUAAUAAUAUAAAUAAAAAUUUUUAUGAUAUAUUUGUAUCAGAAUCUAAGGGUGAGGAUACUCCAUCAUGUUCCAUUACAAUAGCAAAUAAAACAGCAACACCAUGUAAAACCAUUGGGGGCGCAGUAGAAUCAUUUAAUAAUAAUGUUAUAAAGGGAUUGGAUUUAAAUGAAACAGCAACUUUUCCAAAAGUUAAUUUUAUAUUAUAUCCAGGACAGUAUUAUGGCAAUUCAAUUCAGCUAUACAGGUACAAUGCAACUAUUACAGCAAUGGAAAAUCAAACAUCACCAGUAUUUUUCAAUUUGAAUAAUCAAAAUUCAUUUUUUAAUAUUACACCAACUAGUGAUGAUGGAAACUAUUAUAUCAGUGAGGUAACUAUCAAUCAAAUUACAAUUCAAUGCGGCGAUGGACAUUCUCAAACUGGUUCAUUGAUUCAAAUAGAUGGCUCUCAAAGAGUAUUGGUUCAAGUUACAUUAAAUCAGUUAUAUUUAUCAAGUAAUAAUAUUAAUGAGUCGCUGAUUGUGGUCUCAGGUACCUAUGGUGACGAAGAUAACCCAUCACAAGAUUGGACCGCUAGUGUUUAUAAAGACUAUUAUAAUGUAAAUCCAUAUGUUAUAGUCAAUCUUUAUAAUUCAAACUUUUCCAAUUCUAUAGCCUACAGCUCAAUUGUUUCAUCAUCUUAUGCACCCAUUACACUCAGACUUCAUUCAUGUAUAUUUUCAAAUUUUCAAAAUAUUAACUAUACAUUCUUUGUGACAAGGGGUGUAAUGGAGGUUACCAAUUUAACUUUAAUCAAUGUCGGUGUAUCAUACAAACCAUUUUUUUCAGCACACAACACAUUAAUUACAUUCACAGAUUCAAAUAUUCAAUCCUAUAUGGCUAGUACUUCAUUCUUUCAGUUUAUAGGAUGUUUUGUUUAUAUAGUGAAUAGCAAUAUCUCUAUCCAAUACAACAAUUUUGAUGAAACUAUAGACUAUGCAAUCUUUUAUUUGGAUGUCUCUUCAGGUUCAUUUUUAAACAACAACAUUACAUUCUUUGGUAGAAAUACUCAACUCCAUGAUCAAGGUAGCAUCAACAUCAUGUCAUCUCAAGUUAGUUUCCGUUUAAACACACUCUCUUCAAAUAUUUCAUCUAUAAUUUUCUCUGAAGCCUCAAAUGUAUUUUCUUUCCUCAACAAUGUCGAAAUUCAAAAUAACUCUACUUAUUAUUAUUUCCAAUGUUCUUCUGACCAACAAAGCUCAAUAAGUGGAGACACCUACAGUAUCGAAUCAUUCAAUAGUGGCGAUAAUAAUUGCAGCAACUUUUCAAAAAAACAAAAAAGAAUUAAUUUCAUAAUUUAUUUCUUUAUUGGAUUUGGUUCUGGAAUUGGUCUAAUUGCCGUUAUAUCAAUUUUCACACUAAUUUAUAAAAAAUAUUCACAAUCCAGAUAUAAAAGAAUUAGCUUUGAUAUUAAUGGAUAA